UAUAGUAACUUCGUCAUGCGCUCGCUUGCUGGACUGAUCGCUGUAAUAGUAACGGCUACAUUUUACCUUUAUCUACUCUCCUCUUAUCUCCCCCCUGGACCCCAGCUGCCUAAACAGGACCAUGAAGGAGACACGGCAAAAUCUAAUGGUGAAGACAACCAAAAUGAAAUGGAGACUGCAGCCUCCAGGUUGAAGUUCCCAUCAGACCUGGAUGAGCUGAAAGAGAUGGCAGAGCUGUUGCAGUUUUAUAAAACAGAGUACACAGGAUAUGUGCUGUUACUCUUUUGCAGUGCCUACCUCUACAAGCAGGCUUUUGCCAUACCCGGUUCCUCUUUUUUAAACAUCUUGGCUGGGGCCUUGUUUGGGACGUGGUAUGGUCUUCUUCUCGCCUGUGUCCUAACCACAGUAGGUGCCACUCUCUGUUUCCUCCUGUCCCAGGCGUUUGGCAAGGAGCACAUUGUGAGACUGUUCCCUGACAAGGUGGCCAUGCUGCAGAAGAAGGUCGAGGAAAACCGAAGUAGCUUGUUCUUUUUCCUACUGUUCCUGAGAUUCUUUCCCAUGAGUCCAAACUGGUUCUUAAACAUGACCUCCCCAAUACUUAAUAUUCCUGUCACUCUUUUCUUCAUGGCUGUCUUCAUUGGCCUGAUGCCAUACAACUUCAUCUGCGUCCAGACGGGAUCAAUGCUGUCUCAUAUCUCCUCUCUGGAUGACUUGUUCUCCUGGAGUGUGUUGUUGAAACUGCUCCUUAUUGCUUGUGUCGCCCUGCUGCCUGGAGCUCUGAUCCGUAAAUACAGCACUCGGCAUCUCCACCUGGACGGCCUUGAAACAAAUGGACUCAGGCAAGACAAGAAGAACAGAUAAGGGACAGUGUGGGGUCAUUGAUCUGAUCCUACUUAGUCACUUUGUGGGUGGCUACUAUUUGGAUUCAAAGUGUGUUUUUGUUUUUUGUGGCCUAACGUGUUUAAAAAUGGAAGUGCAAUUUUUACAUUCUUUACUUGGAAAGCUGCUGGGUCUUUUUUGGCACAGGUUGUAAUGUAUGUGAGAGAAAGGACCUUUUUGGUGCCAUUUUGGGAUGUUCUGUUGGUCUUUUGUGGUUUAAAAGACAUGGAAUCUUGCAGCAAAGUAUAUGUAUUUGAGGUAUUUAAUGCAGACUGUAAUAUGGAUGUUGUGGAUUUUGGUUGUGGGUUACUGUUGUGGAAAUUUCACAUUAGCCUUAAAAAGUGAACUACCUCACUGAGUGGGAAAAUAUUUAAUAUUUUAACAUGUUGGAGGAGUACUUGUAAAUAUUAAAAUGGAACAUCAAGCUGUAAAUAUUCACUAUGGGUUUUUUUCUACAUGGAAAGGCAGACAUUCAAUAUGUGAAGUCAUGUCCGGUCACCGAAAGCCCAUCCAACUUGGUAGUGUUUAAAUGGUAUGUGCCAGUGCCAUUAGCAACGCUGUGAGCAGAAUGCAGUAUUUUCAUUUACCAAACACCCCAUUCAUGUGAGUAAAGCUGUUUAUGAUGUGAUCAAUCAUCUGACAAUAAACUCAUUCCAUUA